AUGAAGGAAUAUUCUGGGAUCGAGACGACAGGGCGAGACGACCUGGGCUGCCUCCAGGACGUUCACUGGUCGAAGGGCUCCAUUGGCUACUUCCCGACGUACCUGAUUGGGGUGUUGCUCGCGGCGCAGCUCAUGGCAACGAUCCGUACGGAACUCGGCGAGGAGAAACUGUUUAAAUGCCUCCAGACAGGUGACCUGGAGUGCAUCUUGGCGAAGCAAAAAGAAAAGAUUUGGGACCAUGGCAGCUUCUACACGACCGAUGAACUUGUAGAGAGGGCAACGGGUGAAAAGCUGAAUACAGAAUACCUCCACAAACAUCUUGUCUCUCGCUAUCUUGAAGAUAUGAACUGA